AUGAGCAAAUCUUCAUCGUCCGGCGGUGGCCGGGUUAUCCACCAAGACUUCAUCGCGAGGAUUCGCUAUUCCAACGCCCUCCCUCCGCCUUCGAUCCCGCCGAAGCUUCUUGAGAUCCCGAACACUGGCCUCUCGAGUGGACAGUACACCACGCCGGGCUUCGCGUCGCGGCUGGUCCGCGAGCAGCCCUUAAAUAUCGAGGCGGAUGCCGAAUUGGGUAUGCCCUUGGACCUCGUCGGCAUGCCUGGCAUUUUUGAUGGCGACGAGAGCUCGAUCCAAGCACCGAAUGAAACCCCUUCCGUCCACCCUCAUGACAAAGCACUCCUCCGUCCCCUCGCAUCCCUCUCCCGCUCGAAAACUGGCGACCAGCCCGUCUCCUUCCUUCGCCGAACCGAAUACAUCUCUUCCACGAUCCGCCGUUCUGGAGCCGGCGCCCUUAUCAACAAAGACAACCUUCGCCGCCCCGAGAAGCGUCCCGCGCCUGAACCUGACGAUUCGCCCGCUAACAUUCGUCGAAAGAUCGAUCACGGAUUCGAGGUGGCUGAGAAGUAUCUCAACGACCCCAGCAAGCUGAAGCACCCUUUGAAGAAGAACGCGAAGGUUGUCGACGUCUUCCCCAUUCUUCCCGACUUGGACUCGUUCCCCGAUGCUGGCGCCUACGUCACAGUCAAAUUCCUCAAUGCGCCCGUGCACAGCGGCACUUCUUACGAUACGCGUCUCCUUAGUGGCUUGUUCAAGCCUUGCGAUCGGACUCCUGCCGAGGAUGCGGCUUAUGCGGAGGCGAUGGAGAUGUGGGAGCGUGACCCUACUAACCACUCGAAGCCGGCGCCUUGCACGAACUACGACUACUACCUAACGAAGACGGCCGAGGACGCCCAGCGGUUCAGGGCCAAGUUCGACAUUGACAAUCCAGAGAAUGGUGAAGAGGAGCUUUACACGGCACAGGGCGAAUCUGGCCCUUGCUUCCAAUUCGACCGGUUGCGUGCGUACGAGACGGUCAAGGAGACUGAACUCGACCACAAGACCAAGUACAGCCACGAACUUAUCAUUGGCUACAGCGACGGAGAUAUCGAGGGACAGAAGGCGGCUUGGUACUACCCCGUGAUGCAACGCUCCACCAUUCGACCUCAGAGACAGAAGCGAAUCGACCUUACUAGGGGUCUCGAGGCGGACGAUGGCCAGACGGUGGUGGACCAGCUCGAGGUUACCGUUGAGGAUCCUAGCGAUGAGCUUAGGGAGCACGCGCUUAAGUACAAGGAGCACCCUCAUGGCUGGGAUGAAGAGGAGGAGGACGGCGAGCAGGAGAGGGCGAAUGGCGCCGAGAAAACGAAUGGUGGCGCGGAUGGCGAGCGGCGCAGGGAUAAUUCAUCGCCUGUGAGGAAUGGAGGAUCGCAUUCUGAUGAAGAGGACGCAGAAGGUGAUGAAGACGAGUGA